UUACCAGGACUACUUACGUGACACCAUGUCGAUAAAGUACUAAGGCAAAAUGAUAUACACAGGUCUCUAAGUUAUUGAAAUUGGUUUUCUGCGUGUACGCAAGUGUGGAGACGGUGUAACCGAGAUGAUCUGUCGUAACGCAGAGAAGGGCGGCGCGGGCGCCUUACUCAGGUGUUGGCAAGUCGGUUAGAAGCUGCGCGCGCGCAAGGCGGUGUGUCGAUAUGUGGUGCGUGUGGUUUGUUGCGUGUUUUUCUACGGUGGUCGCCAGUGUUGUUGAUAUCAAUGACACGGUUUUCGCCACACUGCCUCCGCUGUAUGGCCUGGAGGAGUGGGAGCAGUGCCGGCGGCCGGGAGACGUGUACUGCAUCGUCGACGCCGCGCUGCAGUCCAGGGAACCUUCACCAGCUAUGAUGCUGUUAAGGGACUACUCUAAACAGUCUCUGAAGCACUACAACCGCACCCAGAUCCACCGCGGAGUGUGCGUGUCACGGUGCGGCCGGCAGAAUGGGACGGCAGGCUGGCAGGAGGCUGCGCAGGGCUGCGUCAAUAGCAGCGUGGCGCAGUAUGGGCUGGAGGCGGAAGUGCUCUCAGUGGACUGGUGUAUGUCAGCGGACUCCCCGCCAGAGAGUUCUGGUCCUGGCCGGUCACUGGCCGUCAUCUGCACCAUGUUGGUGGCCCUGGCUUGCCUCGCUACAGGAGUACAUGUGCUUGGAGACCGCUGCGCCAAGGCUGAGUGUAACAGGUACUUGCUAGCAUUCUCAUUGAAGCGUAACUUUGAUAUUCUGACCUACGACCGCUGCAAGCCGAGGACAGACGACCGUAUGAAGGAUGUCGCGUGUAUCGAAGGAAUCAGAUUUCUCGGAAUGCAAUGCGUGAUCUUCUCCCACGUGAUGUUGAUCUACAUCUACUCGUACAUAGACAACCCACAGUUCAUUGAAAGGAUGUACGACCACUUCACUUGGCAAGCAGUUCUGAACUCUCCGUUGUGGCUGCAAGCAUUCUUCGCGAUGUCUGGAUUCCUGACUGCGUACGCCACGCUCGUCUCCUCACCCACCAAGCCUAUCACAUUCUUCAAAUGCGUGAUGUCCAUCGUGAAUAGAUGGAUUAGGUUGACACCUCUAGCAGUAUUUGCGCUUUGGUUCACUGUGGCGUGGUUCCCGCUGCUAGGUGCUGGACCGCAGUGGUCCUGGCUGGUGGAGAGAGAAGCACACGACUGCUCUGAGAGAUGGUGGUACCACGUGUUGUAUGUGCACAACCAUCUGCCUACUGGCAAAUUCUGCAUGGGACAUACUUGGUACUUGGCAGCAGACAUGCAGCUCCACAUCAUCGGAGUAUUCCUUCUGUUAGUGCUGAUGAGAUUCAAGAAAGCUGUCAUCCCGCUGCUGAUGCUGAUCAUGAUUGGGUCCUCGGUGGCAGCCGGUCUCGUAGUCUACUUCUACCAGCUCACACCUAUCGUUACUGCACAGACGCCAGAGGUCCUCCGCAACAUGUUCGCCGGCUCCAAGAUUCUGACGCUGCUGUAUCUGCCUUUCUGGAUGAAUCUGCCAGGGUACAUCGGAGGCAUCGCCACCGCCUUCAUCCUCUACCACAACAACAUCAAGGGAGAGAUCAAGCUUAAAGACAGCAAGUGGUUCAACAUGCUGUUCCACUCAGCAUUGUUCUUGGGCAGUUCAGUGCUGCUCGCCGGUACCAUAUUCCUGUCAGACUCUCCGCUGCCUCAAUGGGCGUCCGCUCUAUACGCCGCCAUCGACCGGCCCCUGGUCGCCACGUUCUUCUGCAUCUUUAUGCUGGGUUGUUUCUCCAGGUGUUGGUCCAUGAUUCGUGACGGGUUGGAGUGGCGCGGCUUCCACAUUCUGGGCAGGCUGUCGUACUGCGUAUUCCUUAUCCAUUUCAUAGUGCUGAGGAUCACCCUAGCCAGCAAUACACAGCUCGGGCACGCGACUUUGCUCUCUAUGCUAUCGCUUCUAAUCACAUCAUCAGUGCUGAGCUACAUCGCGUCGGUACCCCUGUGUCUUCUCGUGGAGUUACCGCUCAUCCAGCUAUGGAAAGCUAUGACGGACAGUGAUGGUCCUGAGAGACGGCCUUCAAUUCCCGUAGACGCUGACGGAAAGUCAUUUGACUUAGUCUCACAAAUCAGGAGGAGAAAUGAUGCCUAGUGUAGGAAGGAAAGAUUUUUAAUGGUGGGCAAAUAUUUUCAGGAAGAUCGUGAAAAAAAAAUCACCAGAUCUCAACGUAUAAAAUUAUUUCGCUGGUCUAAUCAGUACCGUAAGUUGAUAUGCAGUGCCUCUAUUCUUGGAGCGUUAGAAUAUUAUCAUUAUUGACCAAACACACUCUUUUCAUAUCGGCGAACGGUUGAUGAGCCAAAAUAAAUCCUUUCUGCGUUUGCCCACCACCGUCUUAGAAGAAGACUUGAAUGUACUGCCUUGUAAAUAUUAUUGUUAAGGAUUAUAUUUUUAUGUU